AUGUUCGGCGACGAUGAGGACCUGGCGGUGGCCGAGGACCAGGAGAUUGAGGAAAACGAUGCGUGGGCGGUGAUCAGCGCCUACUUCGAGGAGAAGGGCCUGGUGCGGCAGCAGCUGGACUCUUUCAACGGCUUCAUCAACAGCAGCCUGCAGGAGAUAGUGGACGAGAACAGCCUCAUCACGGUCACGCCCAACAACCAGCACAACCCGGGGCAGUCGCUGGAGGAGGAGGCGGAGAGCACCACAUACGAGAUCAAGUUUGGCCAGAUCUACCUGUCCAAGCCCACUUUUGUGGAGGCGGACGGCGAGACGGUGGCCAUCUUCCCCAAGGAAGCCCGCCUGCGCAACCUGACCUACGCCGCGCCGCUGUACGUGGACCUGGAGAAGCGGGUGAUCACGCGCCGCCCGGGCCCGGACGGUGAGGGGGAGGAGAGCGAGGAGCACGUGACGCCUUACGACAAGGUGUUCCUGGGGGACGUCCCCAUCAUGCUCCGCUCCGACUACUGCAACCUGCACGGCCGCUCUGAGCGCGACCUGAGCGACCUGGGCGAGUGCCCCUACGACCAGGGCGGCUACUUCAUCAUCAACGGCUCGGAGAAGGUGCUCAUUGCCCAAGAGCGCAUGGCCAACAACCACGUGUACGUGUUCAGGAAGAGCCAGCCGUCCAAGUACGCCUUCCAGGCCGAGUGCCGGUCGGUUUGCGAGGGCAGCGUGCGCGCGAGCAGCUCCAUGUCGGUGCGCAUGCUGUCGCGGGCGGGGGCCAAGAAGGGCGCGGGGCAGUGCAUCCGCGCCACGCUGCCCUACAUCCGCUCCGACAUCCCGCUGCUCGUGGUCUUCCGCGCGCUGGGCUUCACCGCGGACCGCGACAUCCUGGAGCACAUAGUGUACGACUUUGGCGACGACGCGAUGCUGGAGGCGCUGCGCCCCAGCAUCGAGGAGGCCUUCCCCAUCGGCGACCAGGAGGUGGCGCUGGACUACAUCGGCAAGCGCGGCACCACCGUGGGCGCCACGCGCGAGCGCCGCGUGGCCUACGCCCGCGACCUGCUGGAGAAGGAGUUCCUGCCCCACAUCUCCAUGGAGCCGGCCUGUGAGACGCGCAAGGCCUACUUCCUGGGCUACGUGGUCCACCGCCUGCUCCUGGUGGCCCUGGGUCGUCGCGACGAGGACGACCGCGACCACUACGGCAACAAGCGCCUGGACCUGGGGGGCCCGCUGCUGGCCAACCUCUUCCGCGCGCUGUUCAGGAAGCUGGGCAAGGACACGCGCGCGCACGUGCAGCGCUGCGUGGACCGCGGGCGCGAGAUCAACCUGACCGCCGCGGUGAACAAGGACACCAUCAGCCGCGGGCUGAAGUACAGCCUGGCCACGGGGAACUGGGGCGUGCUGGGGGGGCCCGGAGAGCUGCGCCCCGGCGUGACCCAGGUGCUGAACCGCCUGACCUACGCCAGCACGCUAUCGCACCUGCGCCGCAUCAACUCGCCCAUCGGGCGCGAGGGCAAGCUGGCCAAGCCGCGCCAGCUGCAUAACACGCAGUGGGGCAUGAUCUGCCCCGCCGAGACGCCCGAGGGCCAGGCCUGCGGGCUGGUCAAGAACCUGGCGCUCAUGACCUACGUGUCGGUCGGCUGCGCGGCGGGCCCGCUGCUGGAGUUCCUGGAGGAGUGCGCCACCGAGGCGCUGGAGGACAUCGCGCCCGGGGUGGUGGCUCGCGCCACCAAGAUCCUGGUCAACGGCGUGUGGGUUGGCGUGCACCGUGACCCCGGGGACCUGGUGGCGCGCCUGCGCGCCAUGCGCCGCCACGUGGACAUUGAGACCGAGGUGGGCGUGGUGCACGACAUCCCCCUGCGCGAGCUGCGCCUGACCACCGACGCGGGGCGCUGCUGCCGCCCGCUCUUCAUCGUCCAGGAUCGGCGCCUGCGCGUGCGCAAGCGCGACGUGGUGGCCCUCCAGGCGCGCGACGAGACGGGCUUCUCCUGGGACAGCCUCAUUGAGGCGGGGGCCAUCGAGUACGUGGACGUGGAGGAGGAGGAGACCACCAUGAUGGCCAUGAGCAUCCAUGACCUGAAGGCCGCGCGAGAGGAUCCGCUGCACGCGUAUUCAGACACCUACACGCACUGCGAGAUCCACCCCGCCAUGAUCCUGGGGGUGUGCGCCUCCAUCGUGCCCUUCCCGGACCACAAUCAGUCGCCGCGCAACACCUACCAGUCGGCCAUGGGCAAGCAGGCCAUGGGCAUCAACACCAUCGUGGCCAUCGCCUGCUAUUCCGGCUACAACCAGGAAGAUUCUACCAUGAUGAACCAGUCCAGCAUCGACCGCGGCAUCUUCCGGUCCAUCUUCUUCCGAUCCUACAAGACAGAGGAGCGGAAGCAGGGUUCCAUCGUGCAGGAGUUCAUCGAGCGGCCCAGCCGGGAGAUCACUGCCGGCAUGCGGCACGGCACGUACGACAAGUUAGACGACGAUGGCAUCGCAGCUCCUGGCACCCGUGUCUCGGGCGACGAUGUGGUGAUUGGCAAGACCUCACCCAUCCCCGACGACGGCUCGGGCAUGCCCCAGCGCUUCACCAAGCGCGACUGCAGCAGCAGCCUGCGCCACAGCGAGAGCGGCAUGGUGGAUGCGGUGCUACUCACCACCGGCGCAGAUGGCCAGCGCUUUGUCAAGAUGAGGGUGCGAUCGAUCCGUAUCCCCCAGGUAGGCGACAAAUUUGCUUCGCGGCACGGGCAGAAGGGCACCAUCGGCAUCACCUACACCCAGGAGGACAUGCCCUUCACCGCGGAGGGCAUCGUGCCCGACCUGAUCAUCAACCCGCACGCCAUCCCGUCGCGCAUGACCAUCGGUCACUUGGUGGAGGCGCUGAUGAGCAAGGUGGCGGCGUGCCUGGGCAAGGAGGGCGACGCCACACCCUUCACCGCCGUGACCGUGGAGGACAUCUCCACCCUACUCCACGGCUGCGGCUACCAGCAGCGCGGCUGGGAGACCAUGUACAACGGGCACACGGGGCGCGCGCUGGCGGCGCCCAUCUUCCUCAACCCCACCUACUACCAGCGCCUGAAGCACAUGGUGGACGACAAGAUCCACGCGCGCGGUCGGGGGCCGGUCCAGAUCCUGACGCGCCAGCCCGUGGAGGGCCGCGCGCGCGACGGCGGCCUGCGCUUCGGCGAGAUGGAGCGCGACUGCAUCAUCAGCCACGGCGCCUCUGCCUUCCUCAAGGAGCGCCUGUUCGACCAGAGCGACGCCUACCGGGUGCAUGUCUGCGAGCGCUGCGGCCUGAUCGCGGUGGCCAACCUGAAGAAGAACCAGUACUACUGCACCGCCUGCAAGAACACCACCGGCAUCGUGGCCGUGCACUUGCCCUACGCCUGCAAGCUCCUGUUCCAGGAGCUGAUGGCCAUGUGCAUCGCGCCGCGCAUGCAGUUCUAA